ACUGAUCUCGCGGCACGCUCGCUCAUUCUGUCAGUCAGUCGCGCGUCGGAUCCGGGCAGCCGUACAACUUGCAACUUAAGUAGUUAAACGCCAAAAUCAGAAUAAUCAUGAGCACCAAUGAAAACAGUGAAGUGGCCGUCGACAAGGUCGGUGAUGAGAGCAAGGGUGACGCCAAAAGUGACCUAAAAGGAGCGAAAAGGGCAGCCGAGGAAAAAACAACAGAAGCGAAAAAGGCGCGAAAGGAAGAAAAUGGCGGCGGCGGGGAGGACGAGCCGCAUAGUCCGGAGCUGGAUCUGUUUGUAGGAGAGGACGAUGUGGACGACGAUGACGACGAAGACGUCGAGGGCGAGGAGGAGGACGAGGAGCUAGGAGAGGAAGAGGAAGAGGAUCUCGAGGGGGACGAUGACGACGUUGAGGAGGACAUACUGGACGAGGAGGAAGAAGACGAUGCGUAAUACGCCUCGUGCCUCAGCAUGGACAAUGUCACAGUGAUGUGUUAGUGCUAGUGACGGCCCGGACUGACGCGGCCCCGCCUCGCCUCAACUGCGACAGCAGACAGACCCGCAGGCACACACGAGAUAGGAACAAACAGUUGGGAACGCGGGGCCGGCAACGCUCCCACCUAAAACGGGUGCAGUUAUAAUUUAAAUGACAAAUGUAAUUAAUUAAGUGAAAUUCAAUGCAGAUUUUCAAUUUUUUACAAUAUUUAAGUUCGGUACCGAAGCUGUAUCAUUUAUUCUCGGCUCGAUGCAACGGGUGUGUAAUUAAGACUUAGUAGAAUGCUGUUGAAUUUUGUCAUGAAAUGUACAAAUGUGUUUUUCGAAAGUAAACUUAUUUUAAGUGAAAACCGCUCUGUAUUCUAGGUUGAUACCUGUAAGCCCGUCGUAUGGCGAAAUUGUGAUAUUUUUCUACAGUAGACACCUAACAUUUUAACAAUGCUUUAUUAUUGGUACACGUGCGCGCCAUUUUGAGACGCCGCGAAAAAGCGACCCUUCAUAAACCCCUAUGUUGAACACUCCCGAUAACCGUUUGUCAUGCCUAAUUACACAUUUCAACGGCUAUUGGAAGACUUCUAUUUGGUUUAAUACCAGAUGUAAAAAAAAAAGUAAAAUCAGUGUCCAAAUUUUGGCGCGGAAAAACUUUGAACAUGCAAACAAACAUUGGAGUAUCAUUUGAAUUUCGACUAAUCUUUGUUGCUAUACGUAACAAAUCCGGCUAAAAAUAGUGAACAGAACUAAAACCGUUCUGUUAAUAUUAUCAUUGACCUGCACGUAACCCAUAUAUCUAUAUUGUGAAUUCUUAAAUGAAAGCAGGUCUGAGAAAACGUAACGCUGCGACAAAUGCAGAUAUUUUCGUGAAUGCGACCGUUAUUAAAA